GAGAGAGAGAGAGAGAGAGAGAGUUGUGUCUGUGUGUGUAUGAAAUGGUCGUUGGUCAGUGCGGGCUUCGAAGCCGUGACUGCAGCCUCCGCCCGGCCUUUCCCGUCUCUUCCACCAAACCUAACACAGCACACCACGAAGGGCCGUUUCUUUGGGGACUACUGCUACAACUACUACUCCCCCACUCUCUGCGCUCCUCCAGGUUACGAUGACAUUCUCCACCACCAUAUCGCAAUGCCUCCUUCAAACCCCACCAAAUCCCUGCCCCUCUUCCUCCUCCUCGUCUUCCUUCUCCUCCUUUGCGUCUCCACCCCGCCGUCGGUCGUCGCCUCCUCCCCCCCUUUCUCCACCCUCGCCGUCUCCCAUUCCUCCAACGUCACCUUAGUCUGUGCCCUCGUGCCGUCGGCUGUCGCCUACAAGUACGACAUCUGCUGCACCAACGCCUCCAACCGGAGCCAGAGCAGGCUGUACGAAUCCCCGGAGACGCCCUACGCCGCGGUCGCCGCGGGCAAUGGCUUCCUUUGCGGCCUUACCGUGCCGGCCGAUGGUUCCAACGCCACCAUGCGGUGGUGGGCCUUCCAUGAAAAUGAGAUCUACGAGAAGCGGGUCUACUGGGGGACGCCGCUCACGGCGCUCGCCUCCGGCGACAACCACGUCUGCGGCCUGAUCGGCGGGGCGCACCGGCCUCGGUGCUGGCGGUGGGAGGAGAUGCGGGUCCCCGCCGGGAUGAACUUCUCCGAGAUCGCCGUGGGGCGGAACUUCGUGUGCGGGCGGCUGGGAUGCGGCGCCAUCCGGUGCUUCGGGAACGAUACGGUGGUCGUCAGGAAGGUGCCGGUCGGCAACUUCAGCAUGGUCGCCGCGGGGAGCCGGCACGCCUGUGGAGUCUUCGACGAUGGCCGGCUGACCUGCUGGGGCACGGGGGCUCCGGAAGUGCCUUCCGAUCCCCUCGACAUCGUAUCCAUGGCGCUGGGCGAGAGCAAGACCUGCGUCCUGCGGUCCAACGGAACCGUCCGCUGCUGGGGGGAGGGCUCUCGGCCCCCAGACUUCCUCGCCGGCGAGCAAUUCAUCGGGAUCCAGGCGAGGGGCGAUACACUCUGCGGCAUUCUGAUGUUCAAUUUCUCGGUGGUUUGUUGGGGCAACGAGGAGUUCCGGCGCAACCACACCAUGUACGGCAGGGUCCUGCCCGGGACCUGCACGCCGACCUCGAUCUGCACCUGCGGGUUUCUGGCGGGUUCCGGCAACAUGUGCCCUUCCGAAGAGGGCAUCUGCCAGUCCUGCAAGUUCCAGCUCAGCUCCAAUUCUUCCACCAGUCCGCAACAAGCAAGCCGUGGUAGCAAGAAGAGGAUUUUAUUGGUGGCGGUUCUUGGAUCCGUGGGAUUCGGCUUGGCGUUGUUGGCCUUGUUGAGCUUCUUGGUCUCCCUUGCUCUCAAGAAGCAGAGUAAUGGCUGGCUUUACGACACCGUGCAAUUGGGCCGAUGGAGGCGGACUGCGGCGGCGGCACUGUCUUCGCAGAUGGAGACGUUCCUCGACGGCCAGGUGGGCGGCGGGACGGUGGAAGAGUUUUCGCUACAGUUUCUCGCCAAGAUCACCAACAACUUCUCGGAGGCGCACAAGAUCGGGUCUGGCAGCUUCGGCGCUGUCUACCGUGCGACGCUCCCCGGCGGGCGCGACGUGGCGAUCAAGCGCGCGGACGUCCCGGCGGCCGCGGCGCCGUCCACGUCGCGGCGGCACGAACAGCUUCGCCUGCGGGACGAGCAUCAGCGGGAGCGCGCCUUCUACUCCGAGCUCGCUCUGUUGUCGCGCGUCAACCACAAGAACCUGCUCCGCCUGCUAGGCUUCUGCCGAGAGCGCGGGGAGCGUGUGCUGGUGUACGAGUACAUGACCAACGGCACUCUGCACGACAACCUCCACCGGCGGCCCAUGACCCCGCCGUCGCCGCUGAGUUCGUGGACAGCGCGGCUGCGGCUGGCCCUCGACGCGGCGCGGGGGAUCGAGUACCUGCACGCCUACGCGGUGCCGGCCAUCAUCCACCGCGACAUCAAGUCCUCCAACAUCCUGCUCGAUGCGGAGUGGACGGCCAAGGUAGCCGACUUCGGGCUGUCGCUGACGAGCCCCGACGACGAGGGGAGCGUCGCCGCCGGCACGUUGGGUUACAUGGACCCGGAGUACUACCGGCUGCGGCGGCUGACGGAGAAGAGCGACGUCUACAGCUUCGGGGUGGUGUUGCUGGAGCUGGUGACGGGGUGCAAGGCCAUCCACCGGAGCCAGCAGGUGGCGGGGAGCGAGGAGGGGGACGAGGCGGAGGAGGCGGAGGGCAGCGCGACGCCACGGAACGUGGUGGAGAUGGCGGUGCCGUACAUCGAGGCGGACGACAUCGCGCGGGUGAUGGACAGGCGGGUGGCGCAGGCGUCGGCGGAGGAGGUGGAGGCGGUGGCGUACGUGGGGUACGUGGCGGCGGAGUGCGUGCGGGCGGAGGGGCAAGAGCGGCCGACGAUGGGGGAGGUGGUGGGGGCCCUGGAGCGGGCCGUAGCGGCCUGCGGCGGCGCGUACGGCCCGGACCGGGUCGACUCCCGGUCCGAGCCGACCGGGGGACGAAGGGCGUUAUCGCGUGCGCCGAGUUUUCUGUGAUCUGGUCAACUACAGAGAAAUGGAGUGCAUAUUACCACACAUCACAAUUUAUUUUUUCUUUUGCUUUUAUUAUUUUCUCUUGAGUUCAUAUCUUCACAUCACAAUGUUUCUUCUUACGUUGUCUCUGAUUCAUCUGACAAAUAUCACAUUCUUUUUUGUA